CGUCACUUCAGCAUCUUGUUGACUGAUUUUUGCGGAUUUCUGCAUGUUUCAAAUGAUCACAAAAGCAGAAACUGUAGACUUCGAUAUUGAGAAGUAAUUUUGAAACUUUUUAAUCUUUCUACCGCUGUUAUGGGUCAGAAGAAAACUGUUCGUAGCCAGGCCAGAAAAGAGUCUCCCGUGGUAAAUGCAGCCGUCAAGAGUGAAAAGAAGGCUAAUGGAAACUCUCUCUUUAGCUGGGUUCUGGUGUUGGCCCUGCUCGGGGCCUGGUUGUCUGUGGGUGUCGUCUGGUUUGACAUUGUCGACUAUGACAGUGUGGCUGGCACUUUAGGAGGAGUCAUUGAUGCUGAUGGUGAUGGAGACUUUGAUGUUGAAGAUGCCAAAGUUUUGUUGGAAAAUGCUACUGUGGUUGAUAGAAAAAAACCCUCAAGAAAAGAUAUCACAGUGGAAGAAGACCGUAUCCAAGCAGCCCAAUCCAAGCAUACUUAUGAGAGGCCUAAGGAAGUGGGGCUAAAAAAGGAUAGAGAGCAUCCCACCCGGGAUAUUGGGCAAAAGCUGAAAACAGCUCUGAAGGAGCAGCUACGAAUUAUUCACGAGAAGAUUGAAGCCAAAAAGAUUGCCAAACUAGCCCUUGCUGAGGUCCGUAGUGUUUUGGCACAAGAGGAAGAAGAGAGGAGAGCCGCUCUUGCUGUUAAGAAAGCCAAAGAGGAGGCAGAAGCUAAACUUCGAGAGGAACAACAACGAAUUGAACAGGAGAAAUUAGCCAAGCAGAAGGCAGAGAGGGAGCGAACAGAACAAGAACAAAUGGUCAAAGAACAGGCAGAAAAAGAAAGGAUUGAAAAAGAGAGAGCAGAAAAAGAACGGAUUGAAAAAGAGAGAGAAGAAAAAGAGAGACUGGCCAAAGAAAUGGCAGAAAAAGAAAGGAUUGAAAAAGAAAAACUGGCCAAAGAAAAGGCAGAAAAAGAAAGGAUUGAAAAAGAGAGAGCAGAAAAAGAAAGGAUUGAAAAAGAGAGAGAAGAAAAAGAGAGACUGGCCAAAGAAAUGGCAGAGAAAGAAAGGAUUGAAAAAGAGAGAGCAGAAAAAGAAAGACUGGCCAAAGAAAAGGCAGAAAAAGAAAGGAUUGAAAAAGAAAGACUGGCCAAAGAAAAGGCAGAAAAAGAAAGGAUUGAAAAAGAAAGACUGGCCAAAGAAAAGGCAGAAAAAGAAAGGAUUGAAAAAGAAAGACUGGCCAAAGAAAAGGCAGAAAAAGAAAGGAUUGAAAAAGAGAGAGCAGAAAAAGAAAGACUGGCCAAAGAAAAGGCAGAAAAAGAAAGGAUUGAAAAAGAAAAGGCAGAAAAAGAAAGGUUUGAAAAAGAGAGAGCAGAAAAAGAAAGACUGGCCAAAGAAAAAGCAGAAAAAGAAAGGAUUGAAAAAGAAAGACUGGCCAAAGAAAAGGCAGAAAAAGAAAGGAUUGAAAAAGAAAGACUGGCCAAAGAAAAGGCAGAAAAAGAAAGGAUUGAAAAAGAAAGACUGGCCAAAGAAAAGGCAGAAAAAGAAAGGAUUGGAAAAGAAAUACUGGCCAAAGAAAAGGCAGAAAAAGAAAGGAUUGAAAAAGAGAGAGCAGAAAAAGAAAGACUGGCCAAAGAAAAGGCAGAAAAAGAAAGGAUUGAAAAAGAAAAGGCAGAAAAAGAAAGGAUUGAAAAAGAAAGACUGGCCAAAGAAAAGGCAGAAAAAGAAAGGAUUGAAAAAGAAAGGAUUGAAAAAGAGAGAGCAGAAAAAGAAAGACUGGCCAAAGAAAAAGCAGAAAAAGAAAGGAUUGAAAAAGAAAGGAUUGAAAAAGAAAGGCUGGCCAAAGAAAAGGCAGAGAAAGAAAGGUUGGAGAAAGAGAGAGCAGAAAAAGAAAGAAUUGCUAAAGAAAAGGCAGAGAAAGGAAGGAUGGAAAAGGAGAGAGCAGAAAAGGAAAGAUUGGCCAAGGAAAAGGCAGAGAAAGAAAGGCUGGAGAAAGUGAGAGCAGAAAGUGAGAGACAGGCCAAAGAAAAAGCAGAAAAAGAAAGACUGGUCAAAGAAAGGGCAGAGAAAGAAAAGAAAGAGGGUGCAGACAAAGAGAAGGCAGACAAAGGAAGGUUUGCAACAAAGAAAUCAGAAAACGAAAAGGUCGAAAAAGUCAAAAAGGAAAAAGGCAAACUAGCUGAGGAAAAAAUAGAAAAAGAAAAAGAGAGAGCAAGAAAGGAAAAGACCGCUAAUGGACAUGGACGAAAAGCUGACCAAUCAGAAAACAAAAAGGAGGUAGAUGAUGACAAGAAUAGCAAAGAAGAGAAAUUAUCAACCAGAGGUCUACUUAAAUCUUCAAACAAGAAAAACAAGUAAUUUUAUAUGGAACGCCAAAAGGGUCAGAAGCAGAGACAACCUGAUUAAGGUUUGAUACAUGCUGACCUAAGGGAUUUACUGUAAGAGCAAUGUUGGGGAGGAACUGACUGAAAAUAGUGACGCUACUAACUUAACUGCAUUUUUCAGUAGCGUGACAGUCACUCUCGCUACUUUCAAAACAUUGUAACUUUUCCAGGAACACGCUACUUUUAUCAACGAGUGAUGCAGUGUUAUGCAGCAUUGCUGUUUUUAUCGUAUUGUAUUAUGUGAGCAAAUGCAAUAUCAAACCUCACCUAAAAUAUUCUCUUUCUUCUAAGUAGCGUUGGAAAGUCAAAUUCAUUUAGCAGAAUCGGUUUGUUCAGAUGGUUCAUGUAAAUCAACGAUUCACUGAUUUAUUUGAGUCGCAGCGCAGACGUCCCUGCAUUUGAAAUAUUUAGUAGUUUUAUUAGUUGUAUUUAGUCUAAAUUUAGGUGUUUAAGUGGCAGAUAAAUACUGCCCUGAUUGCCAAAGUAUAUAAUAAAAUCUGAUAGUAUCUUUAUAGUGUAUUUGAAAAGAUACUGUCCACUGAAAUCGCUUCAAUGUAGUUAGCUACUUUUUGUUUGAAACUGAUAUAGCUAACUGCUUUAAGGGUUGCUUGACUGUAGUUGAACUAGUAAAAAUUAAAGCUUCUUGGAACAGGCGAUAUGACGAUAUAUAUCGUGGCGAUGAUAUAAAGUGUCAGUCGAUAGGGAUUUUGCUAUAUUGUGUUUAUCGCGGUGUGUAAAUAUUCAUGUGCGCAGUGUGGGCUUAUCUAUCAGUGGGCUGGGCUUCACGUGAGACUGAGAGAAUUUAAGAAACAUAGACAGGGUGUUUAUGGCAUUCAGAAUUUUUCGGCAGCCGGCCAAGCAAAUUCAAUAACAUUCAACCCUCGUUCGGUGCUUCAUCCGACGUGCUCAUCUCUGUUUCAUGUGAGUGUCGCGUGCGCUUUCUAUGGAGCACGCAAGUGUGCGCGAGUCCAGCAGGAUUCUCAAUAUUUACAGGAGAGCGCAGAGGGGGAUCACUCACGCUACUCAAUCAUUUUUGACCCAGGAAAACCAUUUCCACAGAACGGGACGGCUCUCAAAGAAGUCAAGAAAAUGAAGAGGAGCUUGUUAUUAACACAGGUGUGACAUCUGUGAUGUGGGUUCACAAAAGCCAACACAGAGCAGAAAAAUGUCGUCGCACGACGAUAAUCAAUCGUAAUACAAGCAAUUUGUUUUACCCUACUCGGCGUGAAGCAUGCAUAAGAAUAUUAUGAAAGCCGAAAGAUGCGCUCCGCAUUCUGUACAUUUUUUUUCCAAGAAGUGUUUAUAUUUAUUUAAUAUUUAUUUUCUGCAAGAAGUGUUUGCAUAAUUUUGGAAAUUUUCUGCAAGUAGUGUUUGUUGGAUUUUUUUUUUUCUUGUGCAUUAUUUUCUUUGUUGCAUUGCUUGUUUUUUCUACUUUGAUUAUUGCCAAGUUCCAAAUAAAGAAAACAUUAUAUAAGUAGUAGUAUUUGGAAGUAUUUAAUUCACUGACAGGAUUAUCCAAAAAGACAGGAUUAUUCAAAAAUAGGCAUUACAAUAUGAUUAUUUAAUAUAUUUACCAAUUUUUAUUGAUUUUAUAACAAAAAUGCACUAUAUUGUGAUACCUGUAUAUCGUUAUCGUGAUAUAAAAUUACUCGUAUCGUGAUAUAAGAUUUUGGUCAUAUCGCCCACCCCUAAAAGCUAUAAUUUUAAAGUAUAUUUUAUUAAUUUGUUCUGACAGGCAGCAAAAAUCUGAUAUUUGGUGUACCCAACUUGAAUCCAACUUUUGGAAUUGAUUUCGUAUUUGACUUUUUAUUAUUUAUUUUUUUUAUUAUUAUUUUUUUUGCUGUUCACACUGUACUUAUUUGUAUGUGACUUGAAAUGUGACUUGAAAUCAGAUUUAUGGAGUUUGAGUCUGAACUGUUUUAAGUCGUUUUUCUUUUUAAUAAUU